GUCAGAGGAAAGAGUACUUUUGAAAGGGAAGUCUGAAUACAGGCCCACUCUAGCAUGCUUUUGGGUUGUGUAGCAUGAGACAUGACUGAAGAAACAAGUGAAGUUGGUCUCCUCAAGACUCAAGCUUGCUUGCUACUUGUGGUGUGUCUGUGGCCAUUGACAGAGCAAGCUUUGGCAACACCAUGCCCAGAUGGUGAAGUUAGGCUGACCAGUAAGGAGGAAAAGAAAUGCUGCCCCAAAUGCAGCCCAGAUACUGGAGACAACAGCCGAUGUGCAGACACAGAGGAUCAUGACUGCAAAUGUCGUCCGGGAUACAGCUGUACUGAUAGUGCAUGUCUCUACUGUGUAAAACUGCCUGAAUGUGCAGAGGGAGAGGAGCUGGUUAAGUUUGGCAUUGUAGACUUCACAUUCAAGUGUAAACCAUGUGAGAUAGGAACCUAUUCUAAUGUUAAGAAUGGCUGGUGCCGUAGCUGGACUGACUGUGAAAGUUCUGGAUUUCUAACAAUGAAGCAAGGCAACAGUACACAUAAUGUUGUAUGUGGUUUCCCUGUUAAAGAUUUGGCUCAAGUUCCUAAUACAGAUGAAUCUAUGUAUACCACCAUCCUGGCCAUUCUUACUGCAGCGGCUGUAUUUGUUCUCAUCCUGCUGACCUUCUUCUUGCACUUCUGCAUAUGGUCACUGAAGAGAGAAAAAUACCGCAUAGCUGACAAUCUAGAACAUAACUUCCCUAGGCUGUCACUGGCUCCACAACCGUCACACCACAGAGAAGAGACUUACAGCUGCCAGUUUCCAGAGGAAGAACAUGGAGACAAAACACCUGAAGAAAAGCCUUGCUAUUUUCACCCUCAGAGUCUACAGUGAAAAUGGAUGAAUUGCAAUGUGCUCUGAGGAGGGAGAGCUGAACUCAGGUUUUCAAAAAAAAAAGGAGGAGAGAGGGGCUGAGUGCAUAAAGCAUCAUUAUAUACAGAACAAUAAGGAAUGAGUCUUUGGGGAGUUUUGCUUUAUUUCUUCUCAACAAACCUGACGUUUAGAGACAGAGGAACUGCUAACUCAGGCUGACAUUCAGUUCAGCAACACUGCUUUGUUGCAAGUUUCCUGUUUUUUCCAUUGAUGCUUUUCAACUUGGUUUGAGAUCAGAGACUGUUGUUCUGAUUAUUCUUCUUUGCAUCUUCUGCACAUGUCUCUGCGGUGCUCCUACAGACUGACAUGUACAGAAAAUAUGAUAAUACUGAUAGAGCACUCAGAGCUUUCACAGGCUAUCCAUAGUGCCAAGAUGUGUGCCUAACAGUCAUAUAUUAAGGGAAUAAGACAUUGUGCCUAACAAUCAUGUCUACUACUGUUCUAUAAACAGACAGUGCAUUUCCCUAAUAUGAAGUUGCUCUUUGUUAUGCAGGAAGGGCUAUUACACUUAAACCGUGAAAUACUUUCAUAUGAUAGAAGGUGUUGGUUGGGUCAGUCUCAGUGCACAGAGGUGCCAGUGUGAGAUUGCCAUAGCCACAUCAUUUGUGCUUGCAGAGACUUUGCUGAUGAUGAUGUGGGUUCCAUGAUCCCCUCCAGGGAAACUGGGGAGAGAAGGGAAUAGCAUUUAUCCUCCCUUUCUUCCAUAACUCAGCAAUCUUUGAACCCUGGAAUACUGAAUUAAAAGGACUUCUGAAAGACUCAGCCAAAGACCGUGCUGUCUAGAGAUACAUACUUGGUUUAAUGAGCCCUUCUAGUCUGUACAGUAGGAAAAGGCAGUGGAAAACAGAGAAGAGCCCAGCAUUUGUUUUUGAUUUUUUUCUCUCCCUGUCUCAGAAGAAAAAGAACCAGGGCUUCUGCUGGUAUGUACCAGCAAAGCUUCAACAGUUUGAUCAUCAGCUAAAAGAUGUUCCUGUUUCUGAAAAUCCAAUCAUGUAGAAUUUUUUUAAUGUUAGGUUAGUGCUUCCUCCCCCAAGUUCAUAGAGCUCUAACAUGGUCAGAGUUAAUCCUUUUGCCUGACUUGAAAGGGCCAGAUUUUCUGAUGGACUUUGUUGCUUUUUGUGGGUUGACACUGAUUUUGGAUAAGAAUCCAGUUUGUGGCUUCAACUAGUUAAAACUCAAGUCUUUCUUAUAUAAUGUCUGUGUUAUGUGAUUGCAAUAAUAGAUUCAAAGCCCUGGUUGCCUUCUGAUUGUGCUUUCUGGUGAAAGCUACUUGGAGUAGACUCUCUUAUGACUAAAUCAACUCUGAGCAAAAAUGAGUUUUGAGUCAACCAUCACAUGAAGGGUUAUAAAUACCACACACUAUAGACAUUGUGUCAGCUUCCUUCUCAUUCCUUGCAGAUAGCAUGAACAGGACAGGGCUUCUAAAUUAAAUCCUAAUAGAUUAAUGAAAGUUAUGUUAAUCACCUUAUUAAAUACUCAAAGGAGAUUAUUCCAAGUCUGAAUGACAUGCUAUUAUAAUUAGGGCUGUGUUCAACUAAAGAGGUGUGAAGCAGAAGGUAUUCCAUGCACAAGUGUGUGUUACAGAAGCACUUGAACAGAGAAUCUUAAUAAAUGGGACAGGAAGAUAGCCUUGGAAAGCCAGUCACACAACUCCUCUGCUCUAAGGAAGGCUCAGCUAGAGCAAAUAUCCAUCUUCCUAUUAGACUUUCAUUGGGAUGACUCCAUGACUUCUUUAGGCAAUCCAAUCCAGUGACUGAUUUCAAGACGUCAGAGAAGGAGAGAAAUUAUGUUACUUAAUGCUUAUAUCGUCUAUCAUGAUCAUGAGGAAGAAUUGACUUCAUUUUACGCUCUAGCAUCUUUAUAAGUAUUCUAAAACUACCAUCUCUCCUUGGUCUCUGCAGACUCUUAUCUUUCCUCAUAGGCUGUGUUUUCUAGACCUCUUAGUGUCUCUCUCUAGACUCUCUCCAGUUGGUCUUUCUUGAAACCUUCUCCAGAGGAGGUCUUAGCAAGCUGAAUAAAGCUGAAGGAUUAUUUCUAUAAUUCAUGGACAUGCUUUUAUUGGUGAAGAUUUCUUCAGUGAUUAUGGGAAUGAGUAAUCCACUGGGGUCCUACUUAUAUUGUCAACAGGACUUAUCCUGUCUUUUCUGCUUUUUGCUUGUUUGUGCAUUACUGAAUCUUACAGCUAGGUGAAAUAAUUGCAAGAGAAAGUGAAGUGCAAAGAAUUAGCCAUAUCCACUAUAAUGCAUUCCUCCAUAGUCCUAGUUUUAAUCUUCCAGCUGCUCUGGUAUUGGAUUUGGUGCAAUCAAAAUCCUUAUACCUUGGCGUCCCCUCCAUGUAAAAUUGGAAUAGUGCAACUUCUCAACCCCAAAAGGAUGUUGUGAGACAUAGUUAGUACUUGUAAUGUAUUUUUGCUUUCUUUGAUCCUAUUAGUGUUAAUUCUUGUGUUGCUGAUAAUUUUUCCCAUAGGUAUGCCUAUGUGAAAUUCACUUGAGAGAGAGAGGUUUUUCCCACUGCUUUGAGAAAUAUACGGAUUCUUAACUGAGGUGAACUGGAGAUUCAUGCAAAGAAAGUGAAGGGGGUUGGACUGGAUUAAAUAGGAUAACUGGGUCUGAAGUACAAGGCUGGCUCUGCCUUGUAAGCAGUUACUCUGUGGGAUUUAAUACACUCCGUAGUCUAAAUGCCUCCUCAUCAAGGCUGUUCUUACUGCUUCUUCUAUGUUGACUGUGUUUAUUCUCUGCUCUGUAUGGACCAUUUAUCUUUUUACGAACUGUUUUUCAACAAGAUUUCUUACUGUGGCCUUUUCUAAAGGCAAAAUAAACUUGAGGUUUGAAUUAUGUGCUUUUGUGAUACAAUUAAGCAAAGGUUUGGAGGUCUUGUUCUGGAAGAAUUUUAUUCUUUGCUUUGUCCCAGUGUUCUUGAGUGCAGUUCAGUUUUACUUUCCCAAUUCACUUCGCUUCUCUUACAGAACUCUGGCUAUUUCAGCAAUGUACCCUCAAACUCUUCUGCCAUUGCAUUUUAGACUAGCCCAUUUGCACCUUUUCUCCUUUUUAAGCAAGUGACUUAAAAUUUCCUUGCUGCUGCUCAACUAUCUUUUCAGCUGCCCACUACCAAAAUAGCAGGAAACUGUGGCUGACAAUAUUUUCCGUUCCUGAGAAUGUCAGAGAAGCAGCUACAUUUUGGGCAGAAAAUUCUGACAGAAGUUACUGUUUGAGGGAUGAAAGAUUCGAGUGUCCAAUGGAAGUCUAUGUAUCAGAGAAUGCAGUUGAUCUGGGUGAGGUGUACAAGACCUUGUGGGCUGCGGAUGUUGAAUAGCCGACAGUGCUGCCAGUUAAUAUCGAAACACGUUGAACAGAGCUGUAUUAUUCAUAGGAAAUUUGCACAGUGGCCUCUUGGGUUUCUAUAUGCCUACCUUGAAGAAGAGUUCUACUUCCUACUUACCUAACCACCUGACUUAGGUCUGCUUAUUGAUGGGAAAAGCAACCAAUUUCCUGUCUUGAAGCUCAGAUUCAGAGGGAAAAACCCAAAGUGUGAAUCACUUAAGCCUUGGAGAAUUUCAACAAAAGAACUGUAUUUUGCGUCAAAGAAAGUGAAAGCUGUCAGCUCAAAACAGUGAGCUUCUAAGCAAACAAACUUUAUGCUUCAGUUUCCAUUCAGAAACAACUAUAGUGUGGAGUCCCUUCAGUUCUGCAACAUCUGAAUCAGAUCGUUGCUCAAUUUUCAGCUCAUAUCUGAGCAUUUAUGGGAUUUUCAAGUUCUGAUUUAAUUUCAGCUUGAUCUGUGUAUAUGGACUCUAGAUUAAAAGGGUUUUUUUCCUGAAAUCAUUAACAUAUAAUGAAAUGUCGAUAGCAAUAUUUUUCUUUUUUGCUUGAAUCCAUUUUCAAAAGAGAAAAUACAGCAUCCUUGAAAAAUAGCCUGAAGUUUUUAGAGACUAUGUGGUCAAGCAAAUUUAGAAACAUAUCAUUUUUUUAAAAUAUUGUCAUGAGUAAAUAGUUAAAAUAUAACAUAUGGUGAAAUCUAAAAAGUCCCUUGACAGUGGUAACAAAAAAGGUGAAUAUAUAGGCUCCAAAGCCACAGCAUCAAAUUAUGGCUUAACAAGAUACAUAAGUGUUACACCUUGUGUAGGUGAGACUUAAAUGGUAUUUUUUGUGUUUACCGACAAAAAAUGCAACUUUUUAUGGAACGUGCUGAUGCAGAAAUGCAUUCUAUUAUAGAAAUAUGACAGUUAAUGACAAUUAGCCCUUGUUUUAUCAGGAAUUACCCAGCACUUGUAUUUAACCUUGUUUCUGAGUUGUCCCAUGAAUUGAGGAAUCUAAUUGCAAAAAAUGUUCUUGAGCAGCCAGUGAUGAUUAAAGGCUUGUUGCCAUUUAGUAGGAGUCUUUCCUAGAUAUGUAUUUUAUCAUGCCAGUCUGGGGAGCAUUUGCCCUCAUCAGCAAUCUUAUUGCUGUCCCUGACUUGACACACUUGAAUCCACCCAAGAGGUGAGGAUGUGGAGCACUCCAUUAUGGCCAUGGCUAGGCAUCAGAGCAGGAGAUGAGAGCUGGACUCGGUGCUGCAGCACCAGCCACAAAUGCCGGGCAGCCAUGGACAGACAUAACUGCUACUCUAAGGGCUGUGGCUGUUCCACACGGCAGGCAUGGGCUGGCCAGCCUGGGUGCUGCAGCCUAUCUAAAGCUGCCUGCUUAUCAGGUGAGUGCUGACCAGUCUCAGCUGUGCAGCAGUUGGGGUAGUUGGUGAUGUGAAGCCCCACUGACAGUGUGUGCUUCUGGCUGUAAGAGGAGCAACUCUCAGGUAAUGUUUUGGGGUUAUAUCUGGCGGUGGCACCUCUGUGAGAGUGGGUGAUAUUUCCUCAGCUCUUCUGCUCUUGGACUCGGAGGGCUCUGCAUACAAAUGCAAUAUGCAUUUCACAGGUUUUGCUGGACUGUUAACCUGUGUUGUACAGCCAGUGCUGCUGCCUGAGCCUUUGCUUGUUGAGGAAGCAGUAGAUAAAAUCAGUAUUUCACACAAAUGCUGUGUGUGUUGCUACAGCUCAGACCAGGCAUGAGUGAGGACUCUGAAAAGCAGACAGCACUUAACUGAGAAAUUUCUGGACCAAUUCUGUUCAUGCAACACAUGUGGGAAAAGUCCCCUCUAUGCUGGAAAACAUUUUUUUUCAGCCUCCUCUCCCUUCUAUCUGAGACAGCAUCACAAGCUGCUCAGGGGGUAGGAGGGAUUCUCAAACCUGGUCAGUUGUUGUCUUAAGAGCCAACCAUUUUAGCAGCUGAGUUUUGAUACUGCUUGGAAUGGCAGUGUCGCUAUGCAUGACACCAUUAGAAGAUUUUAAGAUGCUACUAAUAUAAUGUAGUUUGUGAUUUCUUAGAACCCAACAUCAUUUAGCUUUGUAUGUGGCUCCCUCGCUUGUUCCUGUAAAAAGAGAAAUGGUUGCUAGAAUUGAAAAUUGAGAACUGAAACCAUGGCCUUCAGUACAGAGAAGCUGGAUUUCUCUGAGUUCUGGGAAUUUCUAAUGCUCUGGUGAAAAAGUUAGGACCAAAUUCAGCAAUUUUCCUGUGAAUAAUGUGUACUAAUUUCAUGAUGCUAGGGAAAGUGUUACCACUUGUUGCCUCAUGCUCCUAAAUCCGGGUUCAUAUUCCUGAAGUUUGACUUUCAAACUGAAAAAAGUAUGACUGAAAAAUUUCAGGGUGGGAAAAAGGCUUUGAGCACCUAGCAGAAGAGAGGAGUGAUCUUCCUGUCUCUGUCAUCUUGUACCUUCUUCAAGACUUUAAUGGAAAAUGUUGUUCUGAGUCUACAAUUCUUCAGAAUUUUCUCUGUGUAUAAAUUUUUAAGACUCUUUAACCUGUUAAAAUAAAGACGUUUUAAACUUU